CGUGUGCCGCUGGUUUUACAUCAUGCACAGCCAUACUGUACACUUUCCUAACUAAUACAGUCAGUGCAGCUACAUACCUAGUGCAAAGAACAUACCUAUAGUAAAUGUGAUAAAUUUUGGCUUCUAUUGUGUGCAAAAUUUAGUUUAAUAGAAGUCAAUUUGUGAAACGCUUUUUUAUAAGUAAUCUAUUACAAUGGUACGAAAAUUAAAGUAUCACGAGCAAAAGCUGUUAAAGAAAGUAGAUUUUAUAUCUUGGUCAGCUGACAAUAACCUUCACGAAGUUAAGAUCUUAAAACGAUAUUGUAUUCAGAGAAGAGCUGAUUAUACUAUAUACAACAAAUUGUCACGCGAGAUACGUGAGUUGGGUAGAAAAAUAAAAGAAAUAGAUCCUGAUCAUCCUUUUCGUAUAGAACAGAGUGCUUUAUUAUUGGAGAAGCUAUACAUGCUAGGUUUAAUCUCUACAAAGUGGGACUUGUCUCAAACUCAGAAAGUAACUGCCAGUUCAUUUUGCAGACGAAGAUUACCAGUAGUUAUGGUACGGAAUAAAAUGAGUCAAACGAUAAAAAUGGCAACUAAGUUUAUAGAACAAGGCCAUGUUAGAGUUGGUGUAGAAGUAGUAAAGGAUCCUGCUUUUCUAGUAACAAGAAACUUAGAAGAUUUUGUGACAUGGGUAGAUACAUCUGCUAUUAGAAAACAUGUACUGGAAUAUAACAAUGAAAGAGAUGAUUUUGAUAUGGUAUAAAUCUGUGAUAUAAAUACUGAACUUAUCUUGAACUAUCUAUUUAAGAAAAAUUAUAAUUAAAGAAACAAUUUGUAACAUAUUAAGAGUAAAAUUUCUAAUGAAAAAUUUUUCUAUUAUUAUA